AUGUCUAAUUCCACCAAGUUACAUCGCCUUGGCUUGGUCGGUAAUAAAUUUACUGGAAAAGUUCCUCAUUUGGACAACCUGCAUAAUCUUCAGUUGUUAAACCAUCAUGGAAAUGGUUUAGGAACCUGGAAAGCUGAUGGCUUGAGGUUUCUCUAUUGUUUGACCAACGUGACAAAUUUGUAUGUUCUAGAUCUAAGCAACAACAAUUUUGGAGGAUUGUUGCCUGAAUCAAUUGGCAAUUUAUCCACUAAUCUUGGUAAACUAAUAUUGAGCAACAAUGAAAUACUUCUUGACUUGUCAAACAUCAAUUUGACCGGUAACAUUCUUGCUGAUAUUGGAAAGCUUCAAAAGCUACAAAAAUUGGAACUUUCAGAACCAAUCGUUCACUGUGAUCUCAAGCCAAGCAAUGUUCUUCUGGACGAUGAAAUGACUACUCACGUAGGUGACCUUGGAUUAGCAAGAUUUCUUCUAGAAGCUACCUAUGAGCAUUCAGCAAACCAAUCAAGUUCUGUUGGCAUAAAAGGAUCUAUCGGUUAUGCUGCUGUUGAAUAUGGAAUGGGAAAUGAGAUUGCUUUUCCCGAACAAGCAGCAAUCAUUAUUGCCGAUCCUAGACUGUUUAAACAAAAAGAUCAGAGCUCUGCUAGUAGUCACAAAAUUCAAGAGUGCUUGAUUUCGAUUCUUAAAGUUGGAAUCACUUGUUCAGAGGAAUGUCUAAAAGAUCGGAUGGCGAUUAAUGAUGUUGGUACUCAGUUGCAAGGGGAAGUUGGUGACUUGAAUUUUCUUAGCUCAUUGCCCAAUGCCACCAAUUUGAACUUUUUGAGGAUGGGCUCCGACAACUUUGGAGGGGUGUUUCCAGAAUCAAUUGGCAAUUUGUCCACUAAUCUUGGUAUCCUUUUUUUGGAUAACAAUAAAAUAGGUGGGAGCAUCCCAACUGAGAUGGCGAAUUUGGUCAAUUUGCGGGCUUUGGACAUGUCAGACAAUCAUUUCAUCGGUAACAUUCUUGUUGAUAUUGGGAAGCUACAAAAGCUACUAAUUUUGGAUCUCUCAGAUAAUAAAUUCUAUGGGAAAACUCCAUUGUCUUUGAAAAAUUUGACUUCACAAGAGUAUCUUUAUUUAGGAGUAAAUAAUUUGCAUGGCAACAUUCCUCCAAGUCUAGGAAAAUGCCCACUUGUAGAUCUGGCUCUUGGUGGAAACAAUCUUAGUGGUACCAUACCCAAACAAGUUCAAACUCUCUCAUCGUUAUUGAACUUGUACCUACAUGACAACCAUUUGGUUUGGUCCAUACAACUAGAAAUUGGGAAUUUAAUAAAUCAUGAACAAUUAGAUGUUUCAAGGAAUAUGUUGUCUGGAAAAAUUCCAAGCACUCUUGGUAGUUGUGUAAAAUUGAGAUUUCUAUAUAUACAAAGCAAUAAUUUUUGGGGAACUCUUCCUUCAUCUUUAAGUUAUUUGAGAGGUAUUGAGGACUUAGAUCUUUCUCACAAUAAUUUCUUAGGAAAAAUCCCAAACUAUUUAGAGGGCUUUGUCUUCUUACAAAAAUUAGAUCUAUCAUUCAAUGAUUUCGAGGAUGCGGUACCAGAAAUAGGCAUAUUUAAAAAUGCAACAGCUAUAUCUAUUAGGGGAAACAACAAGCUUUGUGGUGGUAAACCUAAAAUACAUUUGCACAGUUGCAAUACCAAGGGAUUCAAAAGGAAAAUAUUUACACUCAUCUUGAAAAUAAUAAUCCCCACAUUGUUUGGGCUUCUGGGACUAGUAAUAGUGUUGUGUUUACUGUAUCUUUGUUGCUUUAGAAAGACAAUAAAAGUACCCUCUUUGAGAUUUUUAUGGAAGUCAUAUGUGAAAUUGUCCUACCAAAGUCUACUCGAGGUAGUUGAUGGGUUAUCUGUAGCCAACAUGAUAGGCAUGGGUAGUUUUGGUUCAAUUUACAAAGGAAUUCUUAAUCAUGGUGAAAACGUUGUAGUAGUGAAAGUACUAAACCUUCAAUUCCGUGGAGCUUCCAAGAGUUUCGUUGUUGAGUGUGAGGCCUUGAGGCGCUUCAGACAUCGAAAUCUUGUUAUGGUUUUCACAGCAUGUUCAAGUGUUGACUAUAAUGGUAAUGAUUUCAAAGCUCUGGUUUACGAGUUCAUGGUCAAUGGUAGCCCAGAUAAUUGGUUACAUGCAAAUGAAAAUGAAGAUGAGGUGCAUGUCGAAUCAAGAAAUUUAAACCUCCUACAAAGGAUUUGGGAUGAAAAGUUCCAGCUUUGGGCACUAGUACUUAGUUCCAAUGAAAAAUAUGGUACGGGAAAUGAGGUGAUGACAUUGGAGAUGUUUACAGGAAAGAGACCUACUGAUAACAUGUUUAAUGAUAAUUUGAGUCUCCAUAACUUUGUUAAGAUGGCUUUACCCGAACAAGUAACAAGCAUUGUUGAUCCAACACUAUUUCAAGGAAGAGAAAUUGGGAAGGCAAGCUCAAGCACCAACAAUACUCGGAAUCAGAGCUUUGCUAGCAAUCAAAAAAAUCAUGAGUGCUUGAUUUCAAUACUUAAUAUUGAAUCACUUGUUUACAAGAACUACCAAGAGAUCGACCAGCCAUUGAUCAUGUUGUUACUCAGUUGCAUGUGA